GUUUUUAUGCCCGAUAUAACGAGCUGGUGGCGAAAACUUUGAUUAAACUAUUCAGGGACUGAAAUAAGUAAAUCAGAUUACAUAAUUAUAUGUAAGGAUAGGAAAUCGAAAUACAAUUACAAAAUCAUCUGUAAUUGUCAAUGGUAAAACAAAGCUUAAGACGAUGUUUGACAACCUUGAAAACAGAAAAUUAAUGUGAAUUCGUCUGGACACGGUAGACUCCUCCUCACCGGUCUAUUUAUUUACACAUUUUUGCAUGGUGUCAUAACACAACAAUGGAACAACUGAAGAGAGAUGUGCAAUUUAAUCCAUUAACAACGGCCAAUUUAUUUUCACGGGUGUUUUUCUGUUGGGUAACCCCUUUAUUCAGUAUUGGAAAUAAGCGGAGGCUAGAGGAAGAUGACAUGUACCAAGUGCUUCCCGAUGAUGCUUCUCAGGGCCUGGGAGAGGAACUACAGAGACAUUGGGAUAAGGAGGUUCGAAUGGCUGCCAAGGAACUGCGUAUGCCCAAACUCACCAAAGCCAUCGUGAAGUGCUAUGGGAAACCCUACGCAGUGCUGGGGAUCUUUAGUUUCACUGUAGAGGUGGUUAAGGUGAUCCAGCCAGUGUUCUUGGGAAAGCUGAUCCAAUACUUUGAGAAGUACGAUCCUGAUAAUAUGGAUGCACUGUAUGAGGCCUUUGGCUACGCUGCUGGUGUCUCUCUGUCCACCGUUGCGCUGACCGUCCUCCAAAGUCUCUACUUCUACCACGUCCUGAGGACAGGCAUGAAGAUACGAGUGGCCAUGUGUCACAUGAUCUACAAGAAGGCCCUGUGUCUCAGCAGUGCAGCGAUGGGAAAAACAACCACAGGCCAAAUAGUGAACCUGCUAUCCAACGAUGUCAACAGGUUUGAUGAGGUGACCACCAAUCUGCACUACCUCUGGAUAGCACCUCUGCAGGCUGUGGUGGUUAUCAUACUCCUGUGGUAUGAGAUUGGCCCGUCGUGCCUGGCAGGCGUGGCUGUCCUUUUGUUCCUUAUGCCACUACAGACCAUGUUUGGAAAGCUCUUCGGCUCCCUCAGGAGUAAAACUGCUGUCCUCACAGACAGUAGAAUACGCACCAUGAAUGAAGUGGUGUCAGGAAUCAGGAUCAUCAAAAUGUAUGCCUGGGAAAAGCCCUUCUCAGCACUCGUCAAUGAAGUCCGAAGGAAAGAGAUCUCCAAGAUCAUGUCUAGCUCCGUCCUGCGAGGCCUAAACAUGGCCUCCUUCUUUGCGGCCAGUAAGAUCAUUGUUUUCAUCACCUUCGCCGUCUAUGUCCUCCUGGGGAACACCAUCUCAGCCAGCCGGGUGUUUGUGGCAGUGUCUCUAUAUGGUGCCAUCAAGCUCACGGUGACCCUCUUCUUCCCACUGGCCAUCGAGAAGGUGUUCGAGACCAUCAUCAGUAUCCGCAGGAUCAAGAAUUUCCUUCUGUUGGAUGAGAUUGAGAGACCCAACAUGAGAUUCACCCUGGAGGAAAAGAAAGACACCUCUGUUGAGAUCAAGGACUUAAUUUGCUACUGGGACAAGUGUCUGGAUGCCCCGUCUCUCCAGAACCUGUCACUCACAGUGAAAUCGGAGCAACUCGUUGUUGUCAUUGGACCUGUGGGAGCUGGAAAGUCCUCCCUGCUCAGCGCUAUCCUGGGGGAGCUGCCUCAUGACAAGGGGGUGUUGAGGGUCAAAGGUCAGCUGACCUACGCCUCCCAGCAGCCCUGGGUGUUCCCUGGAACCAUCCGCAGCAACAUCUUGUUUGGCAAAGAGCUCCAUCCUCAGAAGUAUGAGAAGGUCCUGAGAGCCUGCGCCCUCAAGAGGGACAUGGAGCUGCUGCCAGACGGGGACCUGACAUUGAUAGGGGACAGAGGAGCAACCCUCAGUGGGGGACAGAAAGCUAGAGUGAACCUGGCCCGGGCUGUGUACCAGGAUGCUGAUAUCUACCUGCUGGACGACCCUCUAAGUGCUGUGGAUGCUGAGGUCGGGAGACACCUGUUUGAACAGUGUAUCUGUGGUAUUCUGAAGAAUAAGCCCCGCAUCCUGGUCACCCACCAGUUGCAGUACCUCCAAGCAGCCAACCAGAUCCUCGUCCUCAAGGAGGGUCACGUGGUAGCGAGGGGGACAUACUCCGAGCUGCAGCACUCUGGGGUUGACUUCACCUCCCUGCUGAAGAGGGAUGAGGAGGAGGAGCCACAAACCAACAACAAUCACUCAGUGGUCAAACACGCCUUUUCCCAGAACUCAAUAUCCUCCCACACCUCCUCCAUGCACUCUGUUAAAGAUGGAGCUGACCAGCUUCCGGAGGAGCUUGUCCAGACAGUAGCAGAGGAGAGCCGAUCGGAGGGCAACAUCGGCGCCAGCCUAUACUUCAAGUACUUAAACGCAGGAGCCAGCAUCCUGGUUAUGCUGGGCACAGUCCUCCUCAGUCUCAUCGCGGAGGUAGCGUAUGUUCUUCAGGAUUGGUGGCUGGCUUAUUGGGCAGGAGAGCAGGAGAAACUCAAUAUUAACAGCACUAUGAUUGUCCAAAAUGGCCUCAACAUCACUCAAGAAUUGGACCUCCGUUUCUACGUGGGUAUUUAUGCAGGUUUGACUCUGGCCUCAGUCAUCUUUGGCUUUGCCAGGAGUCUGGUGAUGUUCAAUGUGCUGGUGAAAGCUGCUCAGUCUCUGCACAACCGCAUGUUCAACUCUAUCCUCCGGACACCUGUACGCUUCUUUGACAUUAACCCAAUUGGAAGAAUUCUCAACAGGUUCUCUAAGGACAUUGGCCAGCUGGACUCCAUGCUACCUAUUACCUUUGUUGACUUCAGUCAGUUGAUCCUGCAGAAUAUUGGCGUGCUGGCAGUGGCAGCGGCAGUCAUGCCCUGGAUCCUCAUUCCUGUCGUUCCUCUACUUAUCAUAUUCCUGUUUCUGAGGCGCUACUUCCUGCAGACGUCACGGGACGUCAAACGCCUGGAGUCCACCAGCGUGUGUGAGUUUAUGUAUUUCCUGUGUUCUGCAGCUCGGAGUCCCGUCUUCUCCCACCUGUCCUCGUCCCUCCAAGGUCUGUGGACGAUCCGAGCUUUCAGAGCCGAGGAGAGAUUCCAGAACACCUUUGACACUUAUCAGGAUCUGCACUCAGAGUCCUGGUUCCUGUUCCUGGUCACUUCUCGCUGGUUCGCUCUCCGACUGGAUGGAAUCUGCGCGGCCUUUGUCACUGUCACCGCCUUUGGCUGCCUAUUCCUCAGAGAUGGGCUGGAGGCAGGAGCUGUGGGUUUGGUGUUGUCCUACGCUGUCACCCUUCUUGGGAGCUUCCAAUGGACCAUUCGUCAGAGUGCAGAGAUGGAGAACAUGAUGACAUCAGUAGAGAGGGUGGUGGAGUACACAGAGCUGGAGAGUGAAGCACCCUGGGAAACCCAGAAACAUCCUCCUCCCGAGUGGCCAAGCCAAGGCCUCAUCACCUUUGACCGGGUCAGCUUCUCCUACAGCUCAGACGGACCUGUGGUCCUGAAGGACAUGAAGGCCAUGUUCAGGCCCAAAGAGAAGGUUGGCAUCGUGGGCAGGACAGGUGCGGGGAAAAGCUCCCUGGUAUCGGUGCUCUUCCGCCUGGCAGAGCCAGAGGGCAGGAUCUACAUUGAUGGAGUUCUGACCUCCGAGAUCGGCCUUCAUGACCUGCGCCAGAAGAUGUCCAUCAUACCUCAGGACCCAGUGCUUUUCACCGGCACCAUGAGGAAGAACCUGGACCCUUUCCACCAGCACACAGACGAAGACCUGUGGAACGCUCUCCAAGAGGUCCAGCUGAAGUCUGUUGUGGAGGAGCUGCCCAAUAAGAUGGAGACGGUUCUGGCCGAGUCGGGCUCCAACUUCAGUGUGGGUCAGAGGCAGCUGGUCUGUCUGGCCCGAGCCGUCCUGAGGAAGAACCGCAUCAUCAUCAUUGACGAGGCCACGGCCAACGUGGACCCCAGAACAGACGAGCUGAUCCAGAAGACAAUACGAGACAAAUUCAGGGAAUGCACCGUGCUCACAAUCGCCCACCGCCUCAACACCAUCAUCGACAGCGACCGCAUUCUGGUGCUAGGCGCUGGUAUGAUCCAGGAGUUUGACGAGCCGUACGUCCUGCUUCAGAACCAGGAAAGUGCCCUCUACAGGACAGUCCAGCAGAUGGGCAAGGCUGAGGCAGCUUCCUUGCUGGAAUCAGCCAAACAGGCGUAUAUGAACAACGGCAACAGCCAUGGUCCAAAAAUGGCCAAUGGCCUUUGAGACGGUUGCGUGACGGUGCAGGGCUUGACGAGCAGAAAGAGAUAUCACAUAUCUGCCCAAUUUAUAUAUUUGUUCCACUAAUUGAUAUUUUAACCAAUCACAUCACCCUGGCUGUGUAAACACUGCCAGAGUCAUUUUAAAAUGGUAAGUUGUUGUUGGUAAUUACUUGUUUGCUUGCAAAAUCAGGAAAGAUUUAUGGAACUGACUAUUUAAUACGCAGUGCUUUAUCAGCUUUUUUUUAUUUAAGUAAGGAAACAAAAUGUGUUUCCUUAGACACUUUGAUGUGUGUUCCAUCUUUAAUACUACUUUCAUUGACAAAUCAUAAGAAUAGUGUUACAACAAUGGAAGUAGCAUUGCAUUUUCAUACUUUGUGCCUCAAUCUUUUACUAUUUGAACUGCUGCUACUCCUAUUGAUUUAUUCUACUGCACAGUAUCCUGACAUGCUGCACUGUUUAUGCAAUCACUUUACUGGGCAAUGGAACUAAUUGGCGUGUGUAUUCAUAUACUAUACGUGCAAUAGAAAAUUACAUUUCACCAUUGUACGCACAUGAAAAGUCAUGCUGUCAUUAUGCUAUAAGGGAUUCAGGGAUUUUCAUGAGGAUUAACUUGACCAAAGUGAGUAACCCAUAUAUGUCUCACGUUGUUUGCAUGAGUGAAAGCUGUGUGAUGGUUGUAAGGACAAUCUAGAUCAUUUACGGGCAGGAAUACCUACCCGUCAAUGUGAAAAUGCAUUGAACUUUAAACUUAUCUGGAACUUUGACUUAUUCCCUAAUGGGGCAGUAUAGAGAGACCUUGACCUUGGAAUCUAAAGUAUACAUUUUUUUAAAGCUAUUGGUUUUGCAGUGGAUGUAAAAUUAAAUUGUUUUCCCAAAGGUGUUCUUAUGUUUAUAUGUACCUAUAGCAACAGUACCUCUUUUUCAAGUUUCAGAUAUGGAUGUUCUUUCCACAGUGAAGUUUGUAUUAAAAUUAAGGUUACAUUUCAAACAAACGUAUUUAAAAGUCUUCUCUCUUAUGUCAGGUCUUCAAAUCAAACAUGUAGUUGCUUUUCUUUGAGUUAGUUAAUACUAAUUAGUAUUGACUAAAGAAAAGGGACCAAAAUGAUAACUCCUCAAUUUUACACCAUCGUUUCACAAGCUGGUUUUGUAAGCCUCUUCCCACAAUUAUUUCCCUUUACACUAUCCACCUUUAGAUAAACCAAAUAUAUACAGGUUUGUCAAGUAUAUCAAGUAUUUAAAUGCAUUAUCCGUGACAUUCUUCAGUGAAUACUUUGUGAAAUUCCUUUGUGAUAAUCAUGAUUAUCUGAAGAGAACCUUGUGCAAUGUGAGUAGGGGGAUGCAUUAUAUAAAAGGCCAAGUAGGCUGUGUUUAGACAGGCAGCCUGAUUCUGAUAUUUUUCUCCACUAAAUGGUCUUUUGAACAAUCGCAUCAGAUCUUUUUCAGACCCGAAAAAAAAUAUCCAAAUUGGGCUGCCUGUCUAAACACAGCGGUAGAGUUUCUUAUCCAAUCUUGUUCUGAGGACGAAUGUGAAUGGUUGGAUGAAAGUUCAAUGGUCAGUGGGCGGGGCUUGCAAGAGGCCUGACUGCCAUUAGGUACCGAGAUGAGAUUGUCAGACCCCUUGUGAGACCAUAUGCUGGUGCGGUUGGCCCUGGAUUCCUCCUAAUGCAAGACAAUGCUAAACCUCAUGUGGCUGGAGUGUGUCAGCAGUUCCUGCAAGAGGAAGGCAUUGAUGCUAUGGACUGGCCCGCCCGUUCCCCAGACCUGAAUCCAAUUGAGCACAUCUGGGACAUCAUGUCUCGCUCCAUCCAACGCCACGUUGCACCACAGACUGUCCAGGAGUUGGCGGAUGCUUUAGUCCAGGUCUGGGAGGACAUCCCUCAGGAGACCAUCCACCACCUCAUCAGGAGCAUGCCCAGGCGUUGUAGGGAGGUCAUACAGGCACGUGGAGGCCACACACACUACUGAGCCUCAUUUUGACUUGUUUUAAAGUUGGAUCAGCCUGUAAUGUGGUUUUCCACUUUAAUUUUGAGUGUGACUCCAAAUCCAGACCUCCAUGGGUUGAUACACUUGAUUUCCAUUGAUAAUUUGUGUGAUUUUGUUGUCAGCACAUUCAACUAUGUAAAGAAAAAAGUAUUCAAUAGGAAUAUUUCAUUCAGAUCUAGGAUGUGUUAUUUUAGUGUUCCCUUUACUUUUUUUGAGCAGUGUACCUUCCAACAU